AAGAAGUCUCCAAACGAGAACCCUCUGGCAAUCUGAUUACUUGGAGAACACCAGGAAAGACCAGCUCGCAGCUCCGGUGUGGAUUUGGACUAUGUUGUUGUAGAUGAUUGUUAUUGCUCUUUUAUAUAACAACCCGCUCUCGUCUUUAGUGGACAGAAUAGCUCUGGGGGAAACCUGUAAACUCAGAGUCUGUCGGCCAGGAGAGUGACUGUCCCUUGUAGCUUGACAGACGCUUUCAAUCAUUUUUUUUGUUAAACUGAUAUCCGCAUAUUUUCUUGACUUCCACACCGUGCGAUUCCACCGCUGGUCUGUUGGAAAACUGACUGUCGAGGUCACGAUGAGUUCAUUUUGUUUACCGAGGGGGAAAAACCGAAUUGACUGAAACUCAACUGACGUUACUGGUUUUAGCCCUCUGCAUUGCCGAUAAACUAGACGUUCAGGAGUUGACUGCACUGUGUCGAACACGUUCAACUUAUGCAAAUUCACUAAAAACAAUCAUGACAACUGAGAAAAACAGAGUGCUGGCAUUACGCAGCGGGUCAGGUGGUGGAGAGAAUGAACAGACAAUAUUUCAGUGUGGAGGAAACUACACAGUGAGCACAGAAUGCAGCACGUUAGAUUGGAAGAAGUGUACUUAACCACUGUGAAAUUCUGACAAAAUGUUGACCUGGCCUCUUCGACUAAGUGUGGUUUUAGUUAUAAUCACUUCGCACAUGGCAGAUCCUUCUAAUGCUUCAGAUAAGGAAGUGUGUGAACGGCUGUGCUCCUGUGAAGAAAGAGAUGGUUUGCUGCACAUAAAUUGUCAAAACAAAGACAUCACUGAAAUAUCUCAAAUAAAACCGCCACAGACAUAUAGCUACAAUCUUAACCUACAAGAAAACUUUGUGAGUGUAAUAUAUCGCAAUGACUUCAUCAGCUUCAGAAAUGCUUUGUCACUACAUCUCGGCAAGAAUAAUUUGCAAACCUUGGAGGCUGGGACUUUCACUGGCCUUAGUUCUUUGAAACGCUUGCAUAUAAACGGUAACUUUUUGGAAAUUCUGCAUGAGGGCACGUUUAGAGGAUUGGACAAUUUGGAAUUCCUUCAAGCAGAUAAUAAUUUCAUCCAGAUUAUUGAGCCUGGUGCUUUCAGUAAACUUCACCGGCUGAAAGUGCUCAUCCUGAAUGACAAUGCGAUCCCUUUUCUCCCCACCAACAUCUUUCGUUUUGUCCCCCUGACACACCUGGAUCUUCGUGGAAAUCACUUAAAUUCGCUUCAGUAUGUCGGCUUUUUGGAGCAUAUUGGCAGAAUAAUGGAGCUACAGCUGGAGGACAACCAAUGGAAGUGUGAUUGUGAUUUAUUACCACUCAGAUCCUGGCUGGAAAAUAUGCCACCCCAGUCAAAUAUCGGGGAUGUUGUUUGUAUGCAACCAUUUAGACUGAAGGGUAAAAUUUUAACUAAAAUCCCAGUUGUGGAGAUUUGUGCUACCGGUUCUGGGACUGACUUUGAAGAACCAAUUAAUUCAAUUCAUUUGGUAGUGACUCCAGCUGGUGAUACCAUUCAUAUCAACAUCCAGAAUGCCAAUAAGUCGGGUAUUAAUGAACCUAAAAAGGAUCCAUACUUUCUACAACCUGAUGGACAGGACAAUGGUAAAAUUGUUACAACAAGGCCUGUGAACUAUCCAAAAUCGCCCUGCGUGGCAACUUGUCAUUGCAGCACACAACCAAAUGUUGGGCAGAUAAUGAAAUGUCAAGAAAGAAACAUUAAAAGUUUGUCAGACCUUGUGCCUAGUCCACCAAAUCCAAUAAAGCUUUAUUUGACAGAUAAUGUUAUCCAGUCAGUGAGAAAAUCUGAUCUACUGGGUUAUGGUAGCCUAGACUUACUUCAUUUUGGGAAUAAUCGAAUAACAACAAUUGAAGAUGGUGCUUUUGCAAACCUCACCAAUCUUCACAAGUUGUAUUUGAAUGGUAACAGUAUUGUAAGAUUAAGAAAAGAAAUGUUCAUUGGUCUCAAUUGCCUUCAGUACUUGUAUCUGGAGCACAAUAUAAUCAAAGAGGUACUACCAGGAACAUUUAGUGCCCUACCACAGCUCAAGGUCUUGUAUUUGAACAACAAUCUUCUUCAUAGUUUGCCUCCACAUAUAUUUGCUGGUGUUCCACUUCUACGCUUAAAUCUUAAAAGUAACCAUUUAAUGCAUCUUCCUGUGAGCAAUGUAAUAGACCAACUUGAGUUUCUGGUUCAGAUUGAUUUAGAAGAUAAUCCUUGGGAUUGUACUUGUGAUUUGGUAAGCUUGAAACAAUGGAUGGAAAGACUCCCUAAAAAUGUUACUGUCAGUGAGGUAAUGUGCGAGUCCCCUGAAAAGUUUGCGAAGAAAGAUUUGAAAAUGUUAAGCAAUGAAUUGAUAUGCCCGGGAUUAACAAGCAUCCUGGGCCCACCAACAGAGGCGAGUAAUAUUGAUUCAACCACGGCAGCGUCUGGUACUGACUCCAGCUUCCUGGGUACCAUCAUGGGCACAGUCCCACUUUCUGUUUUGAUCCUUAGCUUGUUAGUGGUAUUCUUACUAAUUGUGUUCAGUGCAGCUGGGAUGGUGGUCCUUGUGCUUCACCGUCGGAGAAGAUCAAAGAAAAAACAUAAAAUGACUCCCAUACAGAAUUGCAGUCCUUUGCAGGUCCAAUACAGUGUGUAUGGACACAAGAGAACCCAUCAUACUGAAGAAAGACCAGAUGGAAAUAUAUAUGAGCAUCACACAAUCGAUGCAAUUGGUCCAGUGUGCAGAAGCCGUUCUUAUAAUAUGAGGGAUAUGGAGUUUGACAAUGAGAGCAAAGAUGGGAAUGAGGCAAAAAUGAUCUACAGGAGUCACAUGAUGAGAGAAAAUGACCCUCUGUUCACAAGUCCCAACAUUAAAUUCAAUGCUAUAGAGCAGGCCCCAGAGUUUAUGACCCUCCAUGAUCCUACUUCAAUGUACAGAAAUAUUCUUGAAAAGGAAAGGGAACUCCAGCAAAUUGGAAUCACGGAAUAUCUGAAGAAAAAUUACUCUCCUUUACAAUCAGAUCUAAAUGUUUGCUACCCUUCCAGGCAUGAAGAGCUGAAACUGAUGGAAGCAAUCAUAUAUUCAAGACCUAAAAAAGUUGUGGUUGAAGAGACUAAAAAUGAAUAUUUUGAGCUGAAAGCAAAAUUACAAACUGAGCCUGACUACUUAGAGGUUUUGGAACAGCAGACAGCAUUGAACCAACCAUAACUCUUUCAAGGGCAUUGGUAUUUUUAACUUGCCUGUUACAUUGUGAUAAAUAAGAUUAUUUGCUGUACUAAGACAGUAGUGCCUUUACAGAUGAUUCUCUUUAUCCUGCAAACAAUACAGCAGUAAUCCUUAUUUAACUCAGGGAUCGAUAGAGAAACCACUGGGAAUAGCCAAUAGAGAAUGUAGGUGCAGGUACAGUAACAGCCCACAGGAUUUAUUUCACAGUGUGGAGACUGUGCAUUGCCAAGCACAAAGCUUUAUUAAACGUCAGGGCGAUCAUUUUAUAAUUGUUGAGACAAUCCUAUUAAAAUAACCUAAUGAUGCUGUCAAGUGAACCAAUGGUGAUCGAAAGAGGGUUCCUGAAGUGGUGAUUGCUGCCUGUAUGCACAUUUACUGGGAAGCCUUAUUUUCAAGGCCACAGGUUUGCAGUUUUCAUGGAACAGUGGAUGAAAUCAUGGAACGUGAUCCCUAAAACAAAAGUGACAAUUCCCUAUGACAAAACAGAAUCUGAUCUAUUCAAUUGACGUAAACCAAUGACUUUGUUUAUUGACUAUGUUUUCAUUUUAGUUAACACAUAUACUGUACUAUUAUGGUCUUCUGAAAUGAUUGUCUAAUAUGGGAGGUGAGUUACAUGAUUUCUGACAAUCCAAUCUGUUGCUGCUGGAUUUUAAAUUAUAGACAACAGUUUGAACUUGCAGCAGUGUAAGUCUUGAAAUAACUACUGUAAGAAGCAGGCCCAAAUGUGGUGGCACAUUGUAUUUAGACUGAGUCAUAUUCUCUUUGUGACAAUUCUUCCACGUCAAUUAAUUCCCAAUUCCUUGAAGCCUGGAACUGCAUUCAAGGCUUUUAUUUUCAAGAAAAUCUUAAACUGUGUUUUGUUUUGGUAAAUCUUCCUUUUACAGAAGAUUUUUAAACUGACACAUAUGGAGAAGAAAAGCAAAAACAAAGACCAAAAUGUUGAAGAAUAUGAUUUGUUUCAAAUACAACAUAGAAGUCUGCAAGCUAUAUUUUCAUUUACAAAAUUGUAAGAUAUUCCUGUAAACUAUUUAUUCUGUACAGUUUUUAAAUAAAGCAGGGGUGCCUUUCUUGUGUAAAAAAAAUAUGCGCACUGAACUUUUAGUUGAAAUAAAGUCAGGAUACAAAAAAUUGUUUGCUCAUUGUGCUUUUCUAUCCUAGUCUGUUUCUGGCAUUUGACAAGGCU